UCCUCAGAUUUCCUCCCCGGAUUUCAUUAUCCUAGUUGGCUCUUUAGAAAUCCUCCUUUAGAUCUUCACCAAGCUCAUCAACCCUUCUUCAAAUAUUCUUCACAUUCAGUUUCAUCUGGAAGUAGGGCAGAACACAUGGCUGCAACAUCUACCGCUGUGCUCAACGGGUUGGGUUCUCCAUUUCUAAAUGGAGGGAAGAAGACCCCCAAGGCCCUAUUGGGUUCUACCAGAGUGGGAAGUAGUGGAGCUGUUGGUUCUCGGAAGUCGUUUGUUGUAGCCGCUCUUCCGCCGAAGAAAUCUUGGAUUCCAGGUGUUAGAGGUGGCGGCAACUUCCUCAACCCUGAGUGGCUUGAUGGCUCGCUUCCAGGCGACUACGGAUUCGACCCACUGGGCCUUGGCAAGGACCCAGCAUUCCUGAGGUGGUACAGAGAGGCAGAACUGAUUCACGGGCGGUGGGCGAUGGUAGCAGUUGUUGGUAUCUUCGUUGGACAAGCAUGGAGCGGGAUCCCCUGGUUCGAGGCUGGAGCUGACCCGGGUGCUAUAGCACCAUUCUCCUUCGGUUCACUCCUGGGAACACAGCUUCUCCUGAUGGGAUGGGUUGAGAGCAAGAGGUGGGUGGACUUUUUCAACCCGGAAUCUCAGUCAGUGGAAUGGGCGACGCCAUGGUCAAGAACAGCUGAGAACUUUGCAAAUGCGACAGGCGAACAAGGCUACCCUGGCGGCAAAUUCUUUGAUCCAUUAUGUCUUGCAGGGACGAUUAAGGAUGGUGUGUAUAUUCCUGACACUGAGAAGCUGGACAGACUGAAGGUGGCUGAGAUUAAACAUGCUAGAAUUGCUAUGUUGGCUAUGUUGAUCUUCUAUUUUGAGGCUGGUCAAGGGAAGACACCACUUGGUGCCCUUGGUUUGUAAAUCUAGUCCUCUGCUUUAUUUUAAUGUAUAUAACUGGAUUUUAUAUGUGGACUAGAAAGAAACAUUAAACUCCCCCAAAUUUGAAUCUGAUGUAAUCAAUCCAUUUUUCUUACUGGAACAUAUUAGAAAUUCCCAAAUUUCUUCGAA